AUGAAAUUAACAACAAUUCUUGCCGUACUCUUCUCUUGUUUGGUUUUAUUUGCUUCAAUUGGUUAUACCAAUAGCAACGUUAUUAAAAACAAACCUGCAAAAGCUCGUCAUGAUCCUUUUGUCAAAUCACGAAACAAUUUUGUACCUCGUCAUCAUAAUUUAAAUAAACAUGGUCGCCGUCAAUCUGCAGUAGAAGCAAUUAUGGAAUCAAUUAAACAACGACGAAAUCAUCUUUAG